AUGAUCGAGCUCGACGAUCCGUAUAAUGAGUUCAAGGCAAAGAUCGAAGAUGUCGCUCAAUCAGCCUCGGAGACAUCAAAAAAAGAGUUCAACGAUGGAGACGGAUGUUUACUGAAGUACAGCUGCGAUCAGACGUGGUACAGGGGGAGAGUAAUGAACAAAAUCUUCGAACGAAAAGCUUCUUACAGAGUUCACCUUAUUGAUUACGGAAAUGUAGAAAUCGUCGACCAGAACUCGAUAAAAGCCAUUCCAAAUGAAAUCAGUGAAGAUGCUUAUCCGGCACAUGCUUGUAAGUUUUUCCUUUCUGGAAUUCAUCCAACUCGCAAUUGCUGGAGCAUAGAAGCCAUGCACGCAGCGGAAAAGUUUUCCGUUUAUCGCUCCUUUACUGUGAACGUCAUCUCCGUGUCCAAAGACCGCGUUUAUCACAUUCACUCGCCGGAGAUCAACGCGCACCUCCAAUCGAUUGACCUUGGCCGGAGUGUGACACGCUCCGAAAUCACCGGUUUCAUCAGCCACCUUCCCCUCGACGACCCUCUUAGUUUUUACCUUCAGCCAAAUGAACACCCUUCUGGGGAAUCGCUCCAAUCGCUUUCUGCUGCUAUCAAUAAUGUUUAUAGUACUACCACUGCACCCGAAAAACUAGCCAGAGAAUUCUGCGUUCCAAACACCUACUGCAUCGCACUUUUUGCCAAAGAUCGAUUUGCUCGAGCACGAGUUCUGUCGGUGGAUCAAACCACUGACAUGGUUAGGAUAUUAUUUAUUGACUAUGGAAACUCAACAACAGUUCUACGCAACAGCCUCUGCACAAUUCAAACACAGUUCGUCGAUUUAGCACCCUUCGCCGUGAAAUGCCGCAUUUUCAACUGUUCGCUAACAUCGUCCCGCUCUUCAGUAGAUGUGUACCAGCACGUCAAGGAGAUGAUCGGUUACGAAUCGCCACAUCCGAAGCAAGUUCACUGCACGGUCGUUGGCCCAUCCUAUCUAACCAACGACGACUUUUUAAUUCGCUGCGUAGUGCUGCAGAGCCACGAGCUAUCCUCCGGCAUCCGUCUUGAAACACGUCCCCUGGCGAAAGGCUGGUUGGUGCGCGCCCAGGGCGAUGCUACGACGCGUCCAAGAGCGAAAAGUCCCUUCGCCAAGCGACUCAAGUACCUGACCAAGAUCAACGAGCGUGAAGUAGAAAGCCAACAAUACAUCAAGAGAGAGCACAUCGAAGUGUUUCCCUCGAAUCCCGGCAUUCAAAACGGUCGUGUCUGCAUCGGCAAAUGGUCGGUCGACAACAAAUACUAUCGGCUACGCUUUGACCAAGAGAACGAAUGCUUCCGCUUUCUCGAUUAUGGCAAUGCUGCCAUUUUGUACAACGACAAAGACACGCACGGCGGCUGUGUAGAAGAACUAUGCCGCCUUCCUGACGAUUUCCGAGCCGCUCCUUUCGCCAUUUGCACGAUUCCAUGUGGGUCACCGACGCAAGAGUUCCUCACUGAUUUAAUGAAGAACGAGGAGCUAUUCGACGUCACCUUUAGACGACUCAAGCCACCUGGAAACGGGCAAAUGGGAUGGCUGAUUGACAUUCCGAUUUGGAACCAAUCGAACCAGAAGUUGACCGAUGAUCACGUCAAAUUCGUUAACAACCGCUUCUCCGUCAAUACCACUAUGGCCGGUGUGAUACGGCAUAUAGACAGCGAGCAAAUGACAGUAUAUCUGACGUUCCAAGAAGAUGAUUUCAAAAAAGAAGAAGUCCAGGAAACAAUUUUGAGAAUAUCUGAAGAAGGGCAGCUCCUUUCCCUGGUAGAAGAGCCUGUUGAACUGGGCCAGAUUGUGCUUGCUAUUUACCCUGCCGACUCAGAGCUGUAUCGGGCGCGCAUCAAGAGCUUCGAAGAGUACACAGGCCUUAUCGAAGUUCAAUUUAUCGAUUUUGGUGAUCGGGCGUUUGUUUGCAUUACAGACCUGUAUUUCUAUGACUGCGAGCGAUUCAUGAAUGAACGGCCGCUCGCUUAUCAAGUACAUGUUAACGGGCUCCAAGCUAAAUCUCUAAAAACGAAUGCAUCCGCGUUGUAUGAAUACUUUGCCGCCGCUUUUACUGGAGUGCAUAUCAGUGCUAAUAUCACGGAGAUAGAUAAGCAUGGGGAGAUCUGGGUUGACCUUGCUCAUCCGAACUCGCCGUUUGAUCUGCUUUACGAGCUGUUCAAUGGUUACAAAGCGGUCCAGAUGCUCCCUCCUCAAACCGUCUCCUACUGUUUGACCGACGUUCCAUUCGAAACCGACUCCCCCAGAGCGAGUAUUUCAAACUUCACCGCUUCACCAGAAGUAAACAACAAUAACCAAGGAAUCUAUCUAACCCAAGCUGAAGAUGGCUGUUAUUACCCAGUUCUGUGCGAAGGCGCCGAAAGUGAACAUGCACUUACAUCGCCCUCGUUGCCCGAAUCUUGCUGA